UUUCCGGUACGUCGUCGUUCUAACAGUCUUUAUCAGAAAUUCUGAAGCCAUCCUUGGGUUCGACACGGCUCAGGCAAUCCCUCCUGAAAGAUUUAAAUGUCUGCAAAGGCACAAUUACAGUUUUUUUAUCGCCAGAGUAUACAGGAGUCUUGGCAGCGCUGACCCAGUUGGAAUUCAGAACAUCAAAAACGCUCGUAUUGCUGGGUGGACUGACAUUGACGCUUACAUAUUUCCCUGUUUGAGGAGUAGAUGCUCUCCCCCAGAAAUUCAAGUUAAGGAUGCGCUCUAUCAUCUAAAGCACGAAGGUGUCGAAGUCGGCACCAUUUGGUUAGAUAUUGAAGUCUUCAUGUGGCCAGAUAAUGUCACGUAUAACAGAAACUUUAUUGACGCCAUGGGAAAUUUUUUAAAUGAAACGGGUAUCAAGUGGGGUAUCUACACCAACAAUUAUCAUUGGAGAAAAAUUGUUGGUAUUGAAUGGAACAAGUGGGCCAGCAAACCACUUUGGUGGCCCAGUUACAAUAAACACCAAGUAAGGAUUGUAAUUUCCUUGGAAAAGGCUUUAGAAGCCACAGAUGCUUUCCAGAAUUUCACUGGUUUUGUUCCUUUCGGAGGCUGGAAAAAGCCUUACAUGCAUCAGUAUGCCGGGCUGGUCAACGUCACGGAAUGUGGAGUUACCAUUGACUUUGAC